UUUUUUUUUUCUCGAAGUCGUUAUAAAAGGCGAAUGAGUAUCUAUAUGCCUGUAUUGCUGACGAAAGCCAUGGAUUCUCAACUUGACCUUUCUGACAUCGAUGUUUUCAACAUUCUUCAAUCAGCGAACUACAUGUCCGUUUGCAUGGCUACACUUUUAGUAGGUUUAUGUUUAUUUGUGUUGGAUGGAAUUCGCCGCAGACAUACGAUUAUAUCCUUAGACUCGACGACGAAAUUACCUAUAUCCGCAACUCGGGAAGGAGUAAAUUAAAACUCAUAUACUUCUUUACCCGCUAUGUGUCUUUUGUCAUGCCGACUAUCCGAUUGUUUAAAUUAAUAAGCGUCCACUACGGGCCUGAGGAUUGUCUAUUGUUUUGGCUGUUGG